CCAAAAGCCUGUUAAUAUUGAAAAAGACAGCUCAGACUUUAAUGAAUCUCGCUUUUCUCUCACUUUUCUCACUCUUCUUUGUGUUGCUGCUGCCUUUGUGUUCUGUCUUCUCGUCGGCCCCAGUUUCUCUCUUCCGAACCUCAAACUCAAACAUCUCUGACACUAAACACAGAAAUGGUUGUGAGUCAGUUGCAGAGCUUGCAGCUAUGCGUUUUGCCUCGUCGGGUUCCUCCUUCACCCAACCGUUUUUCUUCCUCAAAGAGGAAAUCAAUGCCAUGCCAAUUUUGGUGGAUAAAAUCUUCAUCUUUACAUGCAAGUAAUUUCAUAGUACAAAACAGAGGAAAAUGUGAGGUCAGUUCUCAAAGGGCAGGAAAUAAGUUAGGUUCCACUGUGUAUAUAAAUGUUGCAGAUGAUUCGAAUGACAAACUCCCUGGUACAGAUCAGAUUAAUAUUUCUCAGGUUCACCUUGCUAAAGUCGUGAUGGGAUUGGUGUCCUUAUAUUUGUCAAUUAGACUGGCAAAGUCAAAUGUUUUUAACAUUUUCAUUAAAAUUGUCCAAGAGAAACUUCCCAGUGUUGUUCAAAAUUUUGGGGCUGCCAACUUGCCUUUUGCCUGCGUUUCUAAUUCUUUGAAUAAACCCAUGCCUCUUGGGUUGGAUGUGUCUUUGCCUUCAUUUCAAGAUAUUAGGUGGAGCUUUGCCCGGUUAUUGUAUCUAUUUAACAUCCAACUUGAGAAAAAUGUUGCCACGUUCUUUCUAGUGCUCCUGGUAGCAUGCUUCUCAUUUGUUAUCAUUGGUGGUUUCCUGUUCUUCAAGUUCAGGGGUAGUAACGAGUCUUUGGAGGACUGCUUCUGGGAGGCUUGGGCAUGUCUGUGUUCAUCAUCGACACAUCUAAAACAAAGAACACGCGUUGAACGUGUUAUUGGUUUCAUUCUUGCAAUAUGGGGCAUAUUAUUUUACACUCGCUUAUUGAGCACAAUGACUGAACAGUUCAGGAAUAAUAUGUACAGGCUCAGAGAAGGCGCACAAAUGCAAGUUCUGGAGAGUGAUCAUAUCAUUAUUUGUGGAGUGAACAGUCAUCUUUCUUUCAUACUAAAGCAACUAAACAAGUAUCAUGAAUUUGCCGUCCGCUUAGGUACUGCUACAGCUAGGAGGCAGAGAAUUCUUCUUAUGUCGGAUCUCCCAAGAAAGCAGAUGGACAAGCUAGCUGACAAUUUAGCCAAAGAUCUUAUUCAUAUUGAUAUCCUUACAAAGAGUUGCAGCCUUAGUUUAACAAAAUCAUUUGAAAGAGCCGCUGCCAACAAGGCGCGUGCCAUAAUUAUACUGCCAACGAAGGGAGAUCGGUAUGAAGUUGACACCGAUGCUUUUUUAUCUGUUCUGGCUCUUCAACCCAUCCCCAAUAUGGAAUCUGUCCCCACAAUUGUUGAGGUCUCAAGUUCUAAUACAUGUGAGCUCUUGAAGUCAAUCUCAGGGUUAAAAGUAGAGCCUGUAGAAAAUGGUGCAUCCAAAUUAUUUGUUCAAUGCUCUCGUCAAAAGGGACUGAUAAAGAUCUACAGGCACUUGCUUAAUUAUCGAAAAAAUGUAUUUAAUCUUUGCAGUUUUCCAAGUCUAGCAGGGCUUAAGUAUAGGAGAGUACGGCAUGGGUUUCAAAAGGCAGUUGUUUGUGGGCUUUAUAGGAACGGGAAGAUAGACUUCCACCCUUAUGACGAUGAAAUCUUGCAGGAAACUGACAAAGUAUUGUUCGUUGCACCUGUUAAUGGGACUAAGAAACCACAUGUUGCUUAUUCAAAUGUUGUGAGAGAAAUAGGUAAUGCUAAUGAAAAUUUGGAAGAUCAAGAAAAGAAUGGUAGUACCCAAUCGCAUGCUUUACAAUUGAAAACACGACUGGAAAACAUUGUAAGGCGUCCCAAUAAACCAGGUUCCAAGGGCUCAGACUGGACCUUAGGACCAAAAGAAUUUAUACUUCUGCUUGGAUGGCGCACCGACAUCAUAGAAAUGAUUGAAGAAUAUGACAAUUAUCUUGGACCUGGCAGUGUCGUGGAAAUUUUAUCGGAUGUACCAUUAGAUGACAGAAAUAGGGCAAGACAAGUUUCUGGUCAAGGCAAACUCAAAAACGUCAAGGUUUCUCAUAGGAUUGGGAAUCCAAUGAACUUUGACACCUUACAAGAAACCAUAAUGAAUAUCCAGAAGUCAUUGAAGAACAAAGAUAUUCCCUUGUCCAUCGUUGUAAUAUCUGAUAGAGAAUGGCUUCUUGGAGAUCCAACCAGGGCAGACAAGCAAUCUGCAUAUUCUCUUCUUCUUGCUGAGAAUAUUUGCAACAAACUUCAUGUAAAGGUACAGAAUUUAGUUGCCGAGAUCGUGGACUCAAAAUUGGGCAAACAAAUCACAAGAAUUAAGCCGUCCCUGACUUACAUUGCUGCAGAGGAAGUAAUGAGCCUCGUAACAGCUCAAGUUGCUGAGAACAGUGAACUAAAUGAGGUGUGGAAAGACAUUCUAAAUGCAGAGGGUGAUGAAAUAUAUGUAAAGGAUAUAAGCCUCUAUAUUAAAGAGGGAGAGAAUCCUUCAUUCUUUGAGCUUGCCGAAAGAGCGCAAUUACGGAAAGAAGUUGCAAUAGGUUAUGUGAAAGACAACAAGAAGGUUAUUAAUCCAGAUCCCAAGUCAGAACCCCUCUCCCUUGAGUUGACAGAUUCAUUAAUAGUUAUAUCUGAACUUGAAGGAGAACAACCCAUCCUUGUGUAGAAAGUACAUUUGGUCUUCACUUUGUUGCCUGUCCCCAUUGUUUUCAUUGGUGCUAUGUUUAUAUGAUUUCAAGCUGAAACUAUCACCCAAACUUUCCUUUUAAAAAUCUAAAUCCCUUCUUAAAUAGAAGCACUCAUUUCUUUUGACAUUGUAAGUGUUCUCUGAGCUUGUACCAUAGAAAUGGCAUUAAAACUGAAA